AUGAUAAAGUUAGAGCAGGCUCUUAUUCUUUUUUGGAUGUAACUUAUUGCUACUUACAAUUAUUUUUUCUAAGAAAAUACAAUCGUAGUUUUUUUUUGGAUAGUUGGAAUUGUUUUUUUGACAUUACUUAAUAUUUAUUAUGAACCUAUUACAAAUGAAAUUUGUGCUGCCAAUUCAUUUAAUUACAAAUACGCUGAAGAAGUACUCUAAUAUCUGAGAGUUCUUUGCUUUGCAGUUAUAAAAUACGAUUAAUAUUCUUUAAAAGUUGAUGGCUUUUUAAACAGACAUAGAAAUGACUGUAAUGAAACUCAUUGUCCUUCAAGAUCAAAUUCCCUCCGCAUUUCAAAGCUAAAUUAAAUGCUGAUCAAAUAGACAUCUAACGAAGACUUAAUUCUAAACUUAGAUUUUUCUUUAGAAAUAACUAACGAAGAAAGUUCAAAAAGAUUCAUAAAGAUUUUAAAUAAUGCUAUACAAAAUUUGCUUAAUUUCUGGCAAGAAUUACUUGAGCCAAGUCCUCAAGCUGAAAACUUAAUUAAAACAAUCUAAAUUUUUUCAUCAUAAGUUGAAACUAUUUAGACAUAGUUUGAAUAAAUGAUUUAAAAAAGAAGCAUAAAUCUUUCUGCAAUUAAUUAUUUCUAAACUUUCACUUUGUAAAUUUUAGAAGAUGAGUAAUAAUUUACAGCGUUACAAGGAAAAACUCAUGUUAAAAAUACUGAAUUUGAUACCAAAGAGAAAUAAGAUAAAGAAUAUUAAUUGAAUGAAAAAGAUAUGUAUACUAAAGGAUCUAUAGUUAUCAGUUCAUAGGAGGAAAAUUUCUCAAAUAUCAUAGAAGUUAACUCUGAAAUGUUGAAAAUUAUUGGCUAUAAAAAAUCUGAAAUAUUAUCUAAGAAUGUCUCAAUGCUGAUACCAAAUAUUUGGCAGCAUCACCAUGAUCAAUUUAUUGAUUAAUUUCUAGCUACAGGAUAAAAGAACUUUAUUGGAAAAGAAAAAAAUUUAUUUAUUAAAUGUAGACAAAACUAUUCUCUUCCGAUUACUCUAAACAUUACAACAAUAACAUCUUUAACUAAAGGUUUAAUGUUUUAAGCUUUUGUAAUUGCAUAAAAUUUACUGUAUGAUUAUCCUGUCUAUAUUAUAACUCUACCUGACGGUUAGAUUGACACAAUAUCUCCUAGUGCAGUUCCUAUGUUCAACAUUCAAAUAAAAAAAAUACAAAGAGGUAUGUACGUUGAAAAAAUAAUUCCUCAAUUUUGGGAGUAUAUUCUUGAGUUUUAGUAGAAGUAAGGUAAAGAACUUUUUAUCAAAACCUAUUAAUAGGAGAUGAUGAAAGAAACAAAAGUGAAAAUAAAUGUUGAAUAAAUAAGAUUUAUGAAAUUAAAAAAUUAAGGAUAUAUCAUUAAAAUAUCUUUGUUAAAAUCAGAAUAAAAAAGCUCAUUAACAUCUCUUUUUAAUAAAAAUAUAAGAUAAAAUAUAAAUAAAUAACAAAAUGCAUCAAUUUCUAAUUUAAAAGAUAAAACAUUCUAAAUUUAACAAGAAAAUAGUAGAAAUAUUUCAAACGAAGAUUUUACUGAAUCUUCAACUUCAAGUAGGACAAUAAAAAUAAAAAAAAACAAAAAUGAGCUAAAACACUUAAAUAAUUAAAGUAAAAGUUGUUAAAUGGAAAUAUUUUAUGAUAUGAGAACUAACAAUUUUUUAGGGACUAUGGUUGAAGUGCCUAAUAAAAAUUAUUUUGAGGAUAUCUAAUCAUCAAUGCAAUAAAAAACAAGUUAGUAACAAAUUUUUAAUCUUCUAAAUUCACCAAAAUAAAAUAAUUAAAUAUUAUCAAAAAUAAGCUCUAAUGAUUAAAGUUAAAUUUAAUAAAAAUUGUACCCAUUUAUUUUUACUUCUGAGAGAAGUUAAAAAGAGAGAAUUCAAGAUAUUCUUGAUAGUAAUGACAUUUCUAAGUAAAAAGAUGAUGCAGUUGGCAAAUAAGUUAGGUAAAUUCUAGAGAAUCUUAUAAGAAUGUAGCACAUAACUAGAAAAAAAAAAGCAGACCAUACUUUCGAACUUGAAAAGAAAUCAAUAUAAGUCGGUACAAGUGAAAUAAAGCUCAUUCCUUAAGUUUACUUAAAACCACAUGAAAUAUUUGGAGUGUAAGAAGAUUUCUAAAAUCGUAUGCAGUAUUUACUAUUUAACAGCAGCUAAAUAAGUAGUAAAGUCCAAAAAAUGAAAUAAUCUGGAACUUUUAAAAUGUAUCUAAGCUGUAGUAGAGAUAUAAAAACUUUAAGAUUACAAAACAAUAAACUGAUUGAUCCUAAUUUAGCCAAUGAAAGUGAAGAAAAUUGUAGUGAAAAUUCUUUUUAGAAUAUUGAUAGUGUCGAAAAAAAUUAAUAAAAUGAAGCUUUUGAUACCGAGGGAGAACAAAAAAAAGAAAUUGAUUAAAUUGUAAAUUCUAAAAAGAACAUAAAAUCUUUUAUGAGAGACGAGAACUUUAAUAAUAACAAUAACUUAUUUGUUUUUAAGAAUGUGUUUUCUCUUAUGUACUUGAUAUUUGAAAUAGUUUAUAUGAGCUUGUCUUUAUUUUUUUACUAGGAGUAGAUAAGUAACACAAUAACAAGAUUUCAGAUGUUUAAUGUCACCCAUUUAUAUUUUGCAAACACUUAGCAUAUAAUAGAAGGAAUUUUUAAUAUGUUUGCUAUUGACAAAGGAUCAUACUAUAAUUAUGAUAUUUUAGAUUAUUAGACAGCUGAAUUUUUCUUUUAGUAAUACCUUGAAUCGGAAACUAUUUAUUAAUUUGCUUUAGAUUAAAUAUUAACAAAAAUUUAUUUGAAUAAUGUUGGAGUUACACAAUAAAUGUAGGAUCUAUUCAUAAAUAAUAGAAAUAUCAAAUUGCUGAUUCAUUUCAAUCAUAUCUAGACAACUGUUUAUCCUAAUAAUCUCUACUAAGCGUCUUAACAAGUUCUUGCUAAGGUUUAUCAUUUCAAAAGAGUACCACUUGGGUAAUUUGAUCAUCAUAACAACGAUAUUUUUAUCAAUCUAGAGAACUUUUCGAAUUAGUUGCUGAAUUAAAUUAUUGAAUACAGAGACUAUUAAAGAGAAGAGAUUUCUAAUUAUUUAAACUAUGUUUAAAAUUAUUAACAAUAAGUGUUAUUUGCAGGAUUAAUGUUUAUUAUAGCAUAUCUAAUUUUAGCUUUUUUUCUCUAUCUAAAGACUCUUUUUUAUUAUCAAGAAAUAUCUUCAGUUUUGACAACCAUUCCAUUUUCACAGGUUAGAAACUAAGUAAAAAAAUAUGAAAAAAUUUUGAACAACAAUAUUGAAGAGCACUAAGAAAAUGAAGUUUUAAAUGAAGAAGAACAAGAUGACGAAAAGGAAAGUUAAGAUUAAAACAAUAAUCUAGGCAACUUAGAUGAUAAUUAAUAGAAUAUUCAAAGUUAAAAUUGCUAUACAUAAGAAUCAAAAUCACCUAAAUCUGAUUAUUAUAAUCAAGAUGGUAUACGAAACUCUAAAUAAAAAGAAAAUAAUAAAAAUAAUUCUUCGUAAAACACAGUAUUCCACUUAAGAAAUAUAACAAGCUAGAAUGGGAAAUAUAAUUACCAUUCAAAUAAUCCAUGA